GUGUGGAGCUCACCCUGGCACCAUUAUGUCGUGGGCUCCCUUACACUGGGUUGGUCACUCCCUGCUCUUUCCCUACAAGAUUCUUGCGUUUGCCCUCCCACAACGUAUGAGCUGUUCCUGGGCAUCCUUGGGUUCAUACUGGAGGUGACGGUGUGCCCCUUUUCCUGGUCCUGGUUUCCACCGGGUUGCGGGGGUGAGUCACACCGGUGUCACCAUGUUGUGCUCCAGAGGAAGGGCAGAGCUGAGCUGCUGCUGGUGACAGGCAGCACAGCACUUUCAUGGCUGCCGGGCGCUGUCUGGUCUGUCUGGUCAGUGGCUGGGGAGAUGAGAGCCUGGGGCUGUGCUAGCUGGAGAUCAGGAGCUCCCCUUGACUUUCUUCCUUCCAUUCUCAUUUUGCUGGGAUUCCUCACAUAGCACCUGGGGACGUCUCCUUUGGUCCCCCCUUGGGUCUGGAGAGGCAGGCCUACUGUCCCAGUUGCUCCCACCUCUGUACGCAUAAAGUCCCAUCCCAUCUGGAGCAGGGGUAGUGGCAGCAGGAAGAACAGUGUCCCUGGCCUCACCUCUCCCCUCCUUUCGUGCCCUCCUCUCCUCCUGGUUGAUUUCCUGUUUAUAAGCAAACAUUGGGUAAUAGGCAAGAUAAACAAGCAUCUCCAUGCAAGGGCAGACAUGUGGGCACACUGCCAAGCCAGGUGGCUCAGUAGCUGUCCCUGUGUUGUGGGGGACAGCAGGGGCUGUGUUCCAUGGCCCUCUUGCCCAGUGGCUGUCCCACGUCUUGGCAGGUGCAGCCAGCCCUCCCUAGGUCUGAGGAAAGGUGCCCUGCGCCUGACCACUGUCCUGUCUCUCUGCAGAUCGUGCUUCUGUCCUGGACGGUCUGUUCCUGUGCUUUUGUGGGCUUGGCCCCAUGUGGGCUUGGGCUGAGCCGGGACCAGCAGGGCAGAGAGGCCAGUGUGCCUCGGAGUGCUGACGCUGGGAGGCUGCUGGACCUGCUGCUCCCAGGACCCUCCUCCUCCCCAGCUCGAGGAACCCCGAUACUCUGAUGGAUCUGAGGCCCUGCUCGCUACUGUUGCUCUGGACUCUGAUGGUUGCCCUCACUCUCCUGGACCAGGAGGUGCUGGCCCAGCAUAUUUACACCAACACCUGGGCUGUGCUCGUUCCUGCAGGACCCCAGGAGGCUGACAGGCUGGCCAGGAAGCAUGGAUUCCUCAACCUAGGCCCGAUCUUUGGCGACUAUUACCACUUUCGGCACCGUGGCGUGGUGAAGCGCUCCCUCUCGCCCCACCAGCCCUGGCACAGCCGCUUGGCCAGGGAACCGCAGGUGCAGUGGCUGGAGCAGCAGGUGGCAAAGCGCAGGACCAAGCGAGACAUUUUCAUGGAGCCCACGGACCCCAAGUUCCCACAGCAGUGGUACCUGUACAACACAAACCAGCGGGACCUGAAUGUGCGCCAGGCCUGGGAACAGGGCUACACAGGCAAGGGCAUAGUGGUGUCCAUCCUGGAUGACGGCAUUGAGAAGAACCACCCUGACCUGGAGGCCAACUAUGACCCAGGGGCAAGUUUUGAUGUUAAUGACCAGGACCCAGACCCGCAGCCCCGCUACACACAGAUGAAUGACAACAGACAUGGCACGCGCUGUGCUGGGGAAGUGGCUGCUGUGGCAAACAAUGGCAUUUGUGGUGUUGGCGUGGCGUACAACGCCAGGAUCGGAGGUGUGCGCAUGCUGGAUGGGGAGGUGACUGAUGCUGUGGAGGCCCAUUCCCUGGGUCUUAACCCCAACCACAUCCACAUCUACAGUGCCAGCUGGGGCCCUGAGGAUGAUGGCAAGACUGUGGAUGGCCCGGCCCGGCUGGCAGAGGAGGCUUUCUUCCGUGGGGUUAGCCAGGGCCGAGGCGGGCUGGGCUCCAUCUUCGUCUGGGCAUCUGGGAAUGGGGGCCGUGAGCAUGACAGCUGCAACUGUGACGGUUACACCAACAGCAUCUACACACUGUCCAUCAGCAGCACCACACAAUACGGCAACGUGCCCUGGUACAGCGAGGCCUGCUCCUCCACCCUCGCCACCACCUACAGCAGUGGCAACCAGAAUGAGAAGCAGAUUGUGACAACUGACCUCAGACAGAAGUGCACCGAGCUGCACACUGGCACAUCGGCCUCAGCACCCCUGGCUGCUGGCAUCAUCGCCCUCGCCCUGGAGGCCAACAAGAACCUGACCUGGCGGGACAUGCAGCACCUGGUGGUGCAGACCUCAAAGCCAGCUCACCUGAAUGCCAAUGACUGGGUCACCAAUGGCGUUGGCCGCAAAGUGAGCCACUCGUAUGGCUAUGGCCUGCUCGAUGCUGGGGCCAUGGUGAGCCUGGCCAAGAACUGGACCACGGUGGGACCUCAGAGGAAGUGUGUCAUUGACAUCCUUGCAGAGCCCAGGGACAUUGGAAAACGUCUUGAGGUGCGGCGGAAGGUGGAUGCCUGCCUGGGGAAAGCCAACUACAUCAGCCGGCUGGAGCACGCGCAGGCCAGGCUGACGCUGUCCUACAACCGGCGGGGGGACCUGGCCAUCCACCUGGUCAGCCCCAUGGGCACCCGCUCCACCCUCCUGGCUGCCAGGCCCCACGAUUUCUCAGCCGAUGGGUUCAAUGACUGGGCCUUCAUGACGACACACUCGUGGGACGAGGACCCCUCUGGGGAGUGGGUGCUGGAGAUUGAAAACACCAGUGAUGCCAAGAACUACGGCACGCUUACUAAGUUCACACUUGUGCUGUAUGGGACGGCCACCGACUCCCCCAGCCUCUCCAACCAGCUGGAGAGCAGUGGCUGCAAGACCCUGACCCCCAGCCAGACCUGUGUGGUCUGUGAGGAGGGGUACUACCUGCACCAGAAGAGCUGCCUGAAGCGCUGCCCUCCUGGCUUCGCACCCGGUGUCCAGAGCACGCACUACAAUUUGGAGAACAGCGUAGAGCCUAUCGCACCCCACCUCUGCCUGCCCUGCCACCCCUCCUGUGCCACCUGUGCGGGACCUGGCCCCAACCAGUGCCUCACCUGUCCUGCACACUCCCACUUCAGCAGCCUGGACCUCUCCUGCUCCCACCAGACACAGAGCAGCCGUGCAUCCCCUGCCCUGGCAGAUGGCGAGGGACCAGCUGAGGCCCCUCCUCCAGUCAACUUGCCUGUCCUCAUUGCCAGCCUCAGCUGCAUCCUCAUCGUCAUCAUCUUUGUCACCAUCUUCUUGGUGCUGCAAGCACGCUCAGGCUUCAGCCUGCGGGGUGUGAAAGUGUAUGCCCUGGACAGCGGGAUCAUCUCCUACAAGGGGCUCCCCUCCGACAUCUGGCAGGAGGAGGGUCCCUCUGAGUCGGACGGUGAGGAUUACGAGGCCCACAGCGAGAGGACUGCCUUCAUCAGAGACCAAAGUGCCCUUUGAUGAGCCCUCCUGCCCCUCCCUCCUCCCUGCCCAGUACUGCAGGGCUGGGGCAGGUGAGGCUGAGGGGCUGUGGACUCUGCCCCUGUCUUCUUCCUGCACUGCAGCAGCCCGGGGCUCCCACCCACUGGCACCGUCCCUCAGCCCCAGUCUGGGGGCCAGGCAUGGUCCUGCAGGCACCAUCCCUAGCACAACACCGUCCCAGUCUUGCACCAUCUCUCCUGGCCCUGUGUCCGUCCUGUGCCACAUGCCGCGGUGGUUGGUGGCAGUGGUGCCCCUGCUAGGUACAGGGCUGCUGCUUCACAGGGGUCCUGCGUGUUCUCCAGGGUGGGCAGUGUGUGAAGUCCCUGGGUUGCCAUGGCUCAAGGUGGGCUGGCUGGGGCAGGGGUGUCUUUGCCCCUAGGGCUGAUCCCAGCCUGUGCCACGGCAUCCCCCUGCCCCUCCCACCCUUUCCCCCUGCAGAGCUGUGUCCCAGGCUCAGUUUGUUGUGUCCCAGCUCCCUGCCGCCUCCUCUGGGCCUGACUGCUUCCUCCCGUGCUCUUCGACAGCAAUAAUGGCCAGGCCUCAGCUGCUGCUGCCCACUGCCUGCCCAUCCCACCGCCACUGCCUGCAGCGGGUAGGGGCCCUGGCACUGGGGAGCAUCAGGCUGGGCACCACCUGACCCUCUGCCCAUGGCAUAGCCCACACCUGGGCAGGGACCCCUCGCACAGUCCCUGCUUUGGGGGGCUGCCUCGGGCCCCUUGUGUUCUGCCCCUGGGCAGGGCUGUAGGUGCUGCUGGCUGGGACUGUCGGGUAGCGCCAGUGCCAGCACUGCCCCAGCUCUGCCUGUGUCCUGCCUGUGCUGGGCAGUGCCCAGUAUUCCUGCAGCCCUAGCCCCCUGAUGUGCCUUGCCCCCACUUGGUGACAAUCUGUUCUGCUCCCCGCUGGAGCCCUUCCCCUUGCUGCCCCUUCCCUGUGGGCUGGGGGCCAGUGCCACAAGCCCCUUUGCCGUCCGCUGCCGCACACCGGGGCCGUGAUGCAGGUUCCAACCUGCGCCAGCCAUGGACGGAGCCACUGGCCAGGGGCCACAGGACUAUUUUUCUAUAACAACUUUUUGGUGCACAGUAAUUUUUUCUUGUAAUUUAAUCAGCCAGGAGCUGCCUCCUGAGCCUGUUUUUAAUUUAAUGGAUGUGGAUAUAACGCUAGAGAGACUGAGUUAUUAAAUGUUCAGAACUAUGCAAACCA